AUGGCUCAUCUCGAACGGCUACCAGAAGUUUUCAAAGCGAUCGAUGAGCAACAAGAAGAAUUCAUCGAGUUGCUCCGCGAAGCUGUCGAAAUCAAAUCGGUAUCUGGAGAUCCAUCGAGACGCGGAGACUGCAUUCGCAUGUCUGAAUGGACCCGCGAUCAACUCAAAGCUCUUGGCAUCGAUGCUUCGUUGUGGGACCUUGGAACCGAAAAGACCCCCUCGGGAGAAACGAUUCCAUUGCCGCCGGCCGUCUUUGGAGUACACGGUCGCGACAAAGCCAAAAAGACAUUGCUCGUGUAUGGCCAUCUAGACGUACAGCCUGCCGAAAAGGAGGACGGAUGGCAUACUGAUCCAUUCAAACUCAUCGAGAAAGACGGAAAAUUGUACGGAAGAGGAUCAACUGAUGAUAAAGGGCCUGUUAUUGCCUGGAUUGCGGUUCUUAAAGUUCUGCAACGAUUAGGAAUUGACCUCCCAAUCAACUUGAAGUUCGUUCUUGAAUGCAUGGAAGAAUCGAACUCGAUUGGACUCGAGGAUGGUCUUAAACGGAAUAUCGACAAAAUUUCGGAUGUUACUUAUUCGUGUAUUUCGGAUAACUAUUGGCUGGGAAAGAAUAAGCCAUGUCUCACUUACGGCCUCCGUGGAAUCUGCUAUUACUUCAUCGAAAUCUCGUGCGCUCGUCAGGAUAUGCAUUCAGGAGUCUGCGGAGGAUCUGUUCCGGAAGCAAUGACUGAUUUGAUUUGGAUUAUGAAUCAGCUUGUCGAUAUCAACGGAAAGAUUCUAAUCCCGGGAAUCGAGGAUCUUGUUGCACCUUUAACUAAAGAGGAAGAUGAAACAUAUGAAAAUAUUGACUUCUGUAUGGAGACGUUCAAGAAUGACAUGGGAGUUCAUGGACUUAUGGCUUCUGAAAUGAAGAAGCUGCUGCAGAAUCGCUGGAGAUUCCCUUCGCUGUCACUGCAUGGAAUUGAAGGGGCAUUCAGUCAGCCAGGAUCGAAAACGGUUAUCCCAGCGAAAGUUACUGGAAAAUUCUCCAUUCGAAUUGUUCCGGAUAUGACUCCGGAGAAGAUUGAUCAACUGGUUUUCGAUUAUUUGAACAAGUUGUGGGCAUCUCGUGGAUCUCCAAAUAAGUUCAAGGUUCAUGGAGGUCAUGGAGGCAAGCCAUGGCUUGCUGACUAUCGCGAUCCAAACUUCUCUGCCGGUUCGCGAGCCAUUGAAAGAGUUUUUGGAAUAGCUCCGGAUUUCACCAGAGAAGGUGGUAGUAUUCCGAUUACCCUCACAAUUCAAGAACUCACUGGGAAAUCGGUGGUCCUUCUCCCAAUCGGAGCCGCCGAUGAUAUGGCUCAUUCGCAAAACGAGAAACUCAACCGCGAGAACUUCGUCAAGGGAAUGAAGGUGCUUGCCGCGUACAUUUUUGAAUUGGCCGCCUAA